AUGGAGUCAAAAGCCUUCAAAUCCGAUUAUCCAACAAGACAUAUUGCCUUGUUCUCUAUUAACCUCUUGACCAUAAGCCACGGAGAGUUACUCGAGCUACUGAUGCCAUUAAAUAAUAAGAUUUUUUUGGUGAUCGAUUCACAAAAGGCGCUUAAAGAUGCAAGAUUACUAAAUAUUGAGGAGCUCGCGUCUCAAAUUGGUACAAUUCACUCUUUCUCGGAAGCUUGUGCAUCGAGCAACGUACAACUGGUGAAUCUUGAAUACGACGAUGAGCGUAAAACAGAAAAAUUGUUUGCGCGUCUUAAUGGUGUGUCAAUUGAGGGCACAACUAUUAAAGUUCUUCAAGCAAAUAACAAUCUGUUUGAUUGUACAUGCAAUGAGGAUGUUUUAUCAAAGUUAAAAGAGCCUCCCACUUGUAAUAAGAAGCCAAUGAACUGGAGUAUUAUGUCUGCUCUCAAUCUUUCGGAGAACCAUACGUAUUUCUCUACAGAUCCAUUUAGUGCUUCUCCUUUGUCUGUUGAAGACCCUCUGGUUUCAGACCAUUUCUCUUCGUCUAGCUCCAAUUGCACCCGCAAAAAUUCCAGCUCCAAGACUUAUCUCUCUCGCUCAGAUUCCCCCUCAUCCCCAGAGGUCUCUGAUAAGACUACCGGUCUCUUUAAAGAAGAAUCUAACUCUUCAAACCCACCUUUAUCUUGUUCGGCUGCGAUUUCUGACGUAAUUUUAUCUAAACCCGAUGAGAAGUCUCCAAAAGCUACUAUUAACGUCGAUGGCGCCUUGACUUCAAAAAUCAAAUCCACAGCAAAUACUGUAUUGGAUUCACCAAAUGAUCCCACUACCAAGGACAAGAAAGGGUCAUCUGGAUCAACAGGUUACAAGAAGAACAAAUCUUACUCGUCUGUUGUAAGUGCGGGUGUAAAAACAAAGGCAAAGCCUUCAUCGCCUUUAGUUCCUUUAGCUCCUUCAGCUCCAUCAGCUCCAUCAGCUCCUUCCGCUCCUGGUAAGGCUUCAUAUGAACUUGAUAUUAAUAAGGUGAUUACAAAGCAAGACACCCGAACAACAUUCAUGAUCCGCAACAUUCCCAAUAAAUACACCCAGGAAAUGAUCAUGAAUUUGAUUAAUGAAACCCACAAAAACACAUAUGAUUUCUUUUAUCUCCGAAUGGACUUUAAAAACAAAUGUAAUGUGGGGUACGCUUUUAUUAACUUCCUUGAAGCAAAGAGUGUAAUAAGCUUGCAUCAGGAGCGUGGGGGCAAGAGAUGGAGCAAAUUCAAUUCAGAUAAGCGUUUUCAAUUAUCAUACGCUGAAAUUCAAGGAAAGAAAGCUCUAAUUAAAAAGUUCCAGAACUCUCAAGUAAUGGAACAAGAGCCUAAUUAUCAGCCUAAAUUGUUUUAUUCUUCUGGCUCUUCGAAAGGAAAAGAGCAGCCUUUCCCGAGACCAACGGGGGAUGGUCAUAAGGCUAAGUCUCAAACUCGACGGCGUUGA